GAAAAACUAUCACAAGAAAUUUCUCGAAAACAUGGCGGCUUUAAUAAAACCCACCGACAUCUAACUACAGUAGCAGUCAAUGGCUAGCGAAGUUAAGGUAUCAUCACCAAAUGGUGAGUAUACCCUCGUAAAUAUAUGGGUGAUAACUUUGGCAUUAAAAUUAUUACUUGCCGUGGGUUAUCACUCUACUGAUUUCGAUGUUCAUCGGAAUUGGUUAGCCAUAACUAAUAAGUUACCCUUAAGUAAAUGGUAUUUUGAAGAUACUUCACAAUGGACUUUGGAUUAUCCACCAUUCUUUGCCUAUUUUGAAUGGGCUUUAUCACAAUUGGUUCCAUCAAUAGUUAAGGAAGAUGGUUGUUUAGAUAUUGUAUCAAGGGGUCAAUAUGGUUUACCAACUAUAUAUUUUCAAAGAUUUACAGUCAUUCUAAGUGAAAUAGUAUUAUUCUGGGCUUUACAUUGGUAUAUGCAAACAUCUAAAACAAAUGACCGUGCUACUUUCUCUAGAAGUUAUGUAGUAGCUGCCAGUCUUGUUUUAUCACCAGGUUUAUUAAUAAUUGAUCAUAUUCAUUUCCAAUACAAUGGUAUGAUGUAUGGAUUCUUAGUAUUAAUGAUAAAUAAUGCUAGAUUGAAAAACUAUCUUUGGUGUGGAUUUUGGUUUGCAUUAUUAAUUUGUUUUAAACAUAUCUACUUAUACUUGGCACCGGCUGUCUUUGUAUUUUUGUUAAGAAGCUAUUGUUUGAACUUGAAAUAUAAUAAAAAAGUUAAUGUGUUGAUCAAUUUAAUUAGAUUCGUGAGAUGGAAGAAUUUGAUUAAAUUGGGUCUUGUGGUUAUAGCUGUUUUUGCUGUAGCAUUUGGACCCUUCUAUGAUCAAUUACCUCAAUUAUUCUCUCGUUUAUUCCCAUUUAGUCGUGGAUUAACUCAUGCUUAUUGGGCUCCAAAUGUAUGGGCUAUUUAUUCCUUUUUAGAUAGAGUUUUGAUUCAAGUAUACAGAAAUCUAACCUUGAGUCGUUACCCCUUACAACAAAUCUUUGAGUUCAAUCCUGACUUGUUAAAAGAUGAAUCUUUAAUCCAGACUUCUACAAGAGGUAUAGUAGGAGAUAUUGAAUUUUUGAUAUUACCAACAAUCACUCCAAAGUUGACAUUUUAUUUGACAUUAUUUUAUCAAAUACUAGCAUUAUUACCAUUAUUUUAUCAACCAACAUUUAGAAGAUUCAUUGGAGCAUUAACAUUAUGUGGUUAUUCUUCUUUUCUCUUUGGUUGGCAUGUUCACGAAAAAGCUAUUUUAUUGGUAAUAUUCCCAAUUUCAUUCUUAGUAAGUAGGGAUAGACUCUUGUUAGGACCAUUUAAUUUACUUGUCUCCUGUGGUUAUGUAUCAUUAUUUCCAUUAAUUUUUACUAGUAUUGAAUGGCCUAUAAAAGUUGUUUAUACAGUGUUGUGGUAUAUAAUAUUUUAUUUCAAUUUUAGAAAAGUAGUGAGCAUUCCAAAAGUACUUGAAGGUAAUAUAUUAGAUAGAGUUAUUCAUGGAUAUAUUUUAGGUUUAAUCCCAUUAGUGGCUGUGACUACUUUAAUGGAUAUUUUUGAGAAUAAAUUUGAAAUUUUGAAAAGGCUCGAAUUUUUAAAAUUGAUGUUCUAUAGUGUCUAUUGUGGAAUUGGAAUUAUAAGCAGUUUUAAUGGUUUCUCUUCGUAUUAUUUCAUCUACGAUUCUUUGUGGAUUGAUGAUUAGAUAAGUUUUUUUUAAUGUAUAUAGUUAAGAAUCAGAUUAUAAUAGAGAC